ACACAGUCUGCAUCAGAUAUUUGGCAUAAAGAUUCUUCUGUGCAACAUGCAGAUAAUGCAGUUUUAUUGUCCCAUGAAACACAUGUAUUCUAUUACCCGUGGUAUGGAAAUCCAGAAGAUGAUUCAGUAUAUCUGCACUGGAAUCACGAGUACAUCCCAAACUGGGACAAACAAGACACCAAUAUUUAUCCUGUCGGAAAGCAUUCACCUCCAGAUGAUAUAGGUGCAAAUUUUUAUCCCCUGUUGGGUUGUUACAGUUCCAAAAAUCCUGCAACUGUGGCCCAGCAUAUGAAGUGGAUAAGGCAAUCAGGAAUAGGAGUACUUGUUAUUUCCUGGUAUCCACCUGACUUGAGUGACAAAGAAGGAAAGCCAUUUGACCAACUUUUCCCAAUGUUUUUGGACUUUGCCAGAAUUUAUGGGCUGAAAAUUUCUUUUCACAUUGAGCCUUAUGAAGGAAGAACUCCUGAAAAUUUACGCAAAAACAUUGAGUACAUUAUAAACAAAUAUGGCAAUCACUCUGCCUUGUACAAAAUGCAAAAAUCUCGUUCAAAGAAACCUCUACCAGUUUUUUACGUAUACGACUCGUAUCUCAACUCUCCCAAUAGCUGGAGUUCCGUGCUGAGUAUUGGCGGGAAGGAGUCCAUCAGAAAUUCGGAUAUGGACGCUAUCUUCCUCGGACUAGUCGUCGAACUUCGUCACAAGUGUACCGACUGACCAACUAUUCCGUUCGAUCGAUUGACAAGAUACAAUUCCUCUUCUUUCUGCUUGCCCCCCUUCAACCUUCUUGUUUGAGUUCGAGCAUAAAAAGGCGCUCAUCAUCCCUUUGGUGUCAGUGUUGAGCCGAGAACGGCGAUAACAAGUCAUUCUUUGAACAGGUCCUAGCUCCAGACAUUUGCAACUGUACAACUGCAGCAUUCAUACAAGAACAAGCAAUGAAGGCAACGGCUUUAUUACCUCUUUUGGUGGCAGCCGUUAUUGCUGCCCCUCAGUACGGUCAACCUCCUCAAGUUGGCCAAACUGUUAAAAUCACCAAGCAGCAGUGGAACUCGUUGAACCCAUACGGAGCCUCAAGUGCUUACCCGGCCAAUGAACGUCCACAGAUUGACGCCAUUCAAAAGCAAUGGGAGCGCUUCUACGAGUACUUGCCCUGGCUCAAGGGUCCUGCCGGAAGAGAUGGAUCGCCAGGAGAGAAGGGGGCUCCCGGAAAUGACGGAAAAGAUGGCGCUGACGGCAAAAAUGGAGCCGACGGAAAAGAUGGACUGGAUGGCAAGGACGGAAGAGACGGAAUCGACGGAAAAGAUGCCAUUUACACCGACGACUACGGAACGAAAAUCGUGGCCGGUCCGCCCGGAGCUCCUGGAGAACCGGGAGCUCCUGGAGAAAAGGGAGACAAGGGAGACGCUGGUGAGCCAGGUAUUCCCGGUGAAGAUGGGAAACCAGGGGCUGAUGGAAGUCCAGGAUACGACGGCGCUCCCGGUGAGAAAGGUCCAGCUGGCCCGCCCGGCUUUGACGGAGCACCCGGAAAUGACGGAAAAGAUGGUGCUCCAGGAGAAAAAGGAGAUAAUGGUUCUAAUGGCAGUCCUGGCCUUACCGGCGCUCCAGGCCUUCCCGGCAAAAACGGCUACCCCGGCGGUCCUGGACCUGUCGGACCGAAAGGCGAAACUGGCCCACCUGGCGUUGCUGUCGCAUCCAACAUUGCUGGACCUCCAGGUGUACCAGGUUACCCAGGCAAAGACGGAAAGCCAGGUUACAACGGCGGCCCUGGACCCGUUGGGGCGCCUGGACUUCAAGGACCUCAAGGUUUACCAGGAAAAACAGGGGCGACCGGUUUUCCUGGAUUCCCUGGAGCUAAAGGCGAAGCCGGUAAACCGGGCUAUGCUGGCGCGCCUGGAAAAGAUGGAUUUCCUGGCGCUCCUAGCAAGGUUCCUGGUCCUCCUGGGCCUCAGGGACCGAUAGGCCCACCCGGCUACAACGGCGGACCAGGAAAAGACGGUCUUCCAGGCGGUCCAGGUUACCCAGGCAAAGACGGAAAGCCGGGACCUCCAGGAUACACGGGCGCACCAGGAUUGAAUGGCAAACCCGGAAAGGAUGGUCUUCCCGGCGCAGUUGGAAGUCCAGGCUACCCCGGUGGUCCAGGCCCCGUCGGCCCACAAGGAAAGCCCGGCGCUCCGGGCUACCCCGGCGGCCCUGGGCCAAUCGGGCCCAUCGGGCCUGUUGGCUAUCCGGGUAAAGAUGGUUAUCCAGGCAAGCCAGGCCCUGUUGGCGCUCCUGGGCCAGUAGGCGCUCCUGGACUGGUGACAACUUAUACGAAGGAAUACGCUCCGCAAGUAGCUCCUUACAACCCGCCGUCUUAUGAGCCGGCAGCUCCUAGAUACCCACCUCAACCGAUUUACGAGCAGCCGAUAAUCUAUCAAGACGGGCCUCAAACUGCUUACGGUCGAUGAACGCCGUGCAACACAUUGGCAAGCUUCAUUUCCUAGUUGAUGGCUGAGCCAACCAGUUUUUGAAUGAACUUGAUUUAGGCAUACGACACCCUUACCUUUCCAGCUCGUCAAUGCCUAAAUGUAGCUCUUUAUACUUUUUUGUUGUUGUUGUUAUAUGCCCGUGUGCGGCGUUCAUGUGACGUGACGUCUGUCAUGCCUGGCACUAGGCUGUGAAUACAAUACCCAUGAACUAAA